GCUGCAGUUGUGUGCUGUUCACUUUCAGCAGACAUGCUGUGUUAAUCUCAUCAGCCGGCAAUGUGAUUCCAAUGGGCAUAAAACAAACUGUCAGUUCUUUUUGGCCAUUGAACAGAUCCAUCAACCCUUCUUUAAAAACACAGGACUUAUCCUUAUACAUCCAUACCAUCUGAUCUGAUCAUACGAGGAAAAUAUCGGGAGCUGUUUUUUUAUAUUAAAUAUGUCUAUAUUGCCUUUCACGCCUCCUAUUGUAAAGAGACUUUUGGGCUGGAAAAAAGGCGAGCAGAACGGACAGGAGGAGAAAUGGUGUGAGAAGGCCGUGAAGAGUCUGGUGAAGAAGUUGAAGAAGACAGGACAGCUGGAGGAGUUGGAGAAGGCCAUCACUACCCAGAAUAUCAACACCAAAUGCAUCACUAUACCGAGGUCUCUGGAUGGCCGUCUGCAGGUAUCUCACAGAAAAGGCCUCCCUCAUGUAAUCUACUGCCGACUAUGGCGCUGGCCUGACCUGCAGUCCCACCAUGAGUUGUGCGCAGUAGACUUGUGCGAGUUUGCUUUCCAUAUGAAGAAGGACGAGGUGUGUGUGAACCCCUAUCACUACCAGCGUGUGGAGACACCAGUUUUGCCUCCUGUCCUGGUUCCCCGGCACACUGACGUCCCCACAGAUUUCCCUCCACUGGAUGAUUACUCCAUCCCUGAGAACACCAUUUUCCCUGCCGACAUUGAGCCUCCGAGUAACUAUAUACCGGAGACCCCUCCUCCAGGCUACCUGAGUGAGGAUGGGGAAACCAGUGACCACCAAAUGAACCACAGCAUGGACACAGGUUCUCCAAAUCUUUCACCUAACCCUGUCUCUCCUACAAACAGCAACCUAGACCUGCAGCCGGUGACAUACUGUGAGUCUGCGUUCUGGUGCUCCAUCUCUUACUAUGAAUUGAACCAGCGUGUGGGUGAGACCUUUCAUGCAUCGCAGCCGUCAAUGACCGUGGAUGGCUUUACAGAUCCCUCCAACGCGGAGCGCUUCUGUCUGGGUCUGUUGUCCAAUGUCAACCGCAACGCAGCCGUGGAGCUCACACGCAGACACAUUGGCCGAGGUGUGCGCUUGUAUUACAUCGGUGGUGAGGUGUUUGCCGAGUGUCUGAGCGACAGCGCUAUUUUCGUCCAGAGUCCAAACUGUAACCAGCGUUAUGGCUGGCACCCUGCUACAGUGUGUAAGAUUCCUCCAGGCUGUAAUCUGAAAAUCUUCAAUAAUCAGGAGUUUGCUGCUCUGUUGGCUCAAUCAGUGAAUCAGGGUUUUGAGGCUGUGUACCAGCUGACCCGUAUGUGCACGAUUCGCAUGAGUUUUGUUAAAGGCUGGGGAGCAGAGUACAGGCGGCAGACUGUGACCAGCACCCCCUGCUGGAUAGAGCUGCAUCUUAACGGCCCCCUGCAGUGGCUGGACAAGGUGCUUACUCAGAUGGGCUCGCCAAAUCUCCGAUGUUCCAGUGUGUCAUAGGAAAAACUCUCAACAUAUUUCAUGUCACCAAAGAAUGACCCCAUUCACACCCAUCUAAUGACACCCAGAACCUGCCAGCUGUCACUGCUGAAUGCCAAUGCAGCAUUUAAACAGAGUAAAACUAAGGAUGGUAAAGACGGAAAACUGCUGGACUCCCUAGAGUGUCACUAUCAAUUACAGAUCUUAAAAAGGAUCAAAUGAUAUAAGCACUUUCAUCCAAUGAAUGACACUCAUGAAUAAUAUUUCCUCAGUGUGAACAGUUUAGAAUGAGGCAUUUCCCUGAUGAAUUCAGAUUUUAUUGUACAGUGUUAUGUUUAUGGAAUUAGGAAAUUGUCUAUUUUUUUAAUCAAGAUAAUUAAAAAGUAUUUCACACAUUCAAUGAAUUGAUAUGAUUGAUAUGAUUGCUUAAAAUUAUAGACAUCCUUGUGGAAGGGUCUGGAAGUUGGACUUUAUUACAGUCACAUGUUACACCGGACAAACCGUCAUAAAAAGAGUGCUCCAUUUCCACCACCUUCAGUGAAGGGGUUUUUAUGUUUGCCAUCCUGAAGCUGGCAGUACGCUUGCUGCUUGCUCUGGGCUUCCUUGUCCAGUUGUUGUGUUGACCAGAUUUGUACUUAAGGCAGGGACUGAGUGUAAAAUGUCAAAAUAAAAAGGUACAUCAUCUACGGUAGCACAGUCUUCACAAUGAAUAGCACUUGUUUUUACAACUCGAUAUUUGUCAGUGACAAAUACAGCUGAUAGUGCCAUUUUAUUUCUUUGACUUGGUGACUGUUUGGAUUUUGAUCAACAAAGGCAAGCCAAAUAUUUUGUAAUACUGCAAGUAUUUUUCUAUAAUAAACUGAAUGGAGAUUUCGGAAGUAUAUUUUUACUGCUAUCCUAUAGAGUAUUGUACAUAAGAUUGAGUAGAUAAGUGUAAUGUUUAUCAUGCAUCUACAGGUGAUUGUCAUAAGUGUUGCUGCACAAAUUAAAACAAAUGGAUGGAGAGAAAAACAACAACAUCCUAUGUCAUCUACAGUACAUGUACUACACUAUUAUUCUGUCAUUUUUGGGUGGGGGUAAAAAUGCACAGUUUUUGGAUUGAAUGCACACUGUUCAAGGAUUUAAGACAAGUACUGCUGGCAGCUCUUGGAAUGCUUUUAGUUUUGUACAAAGAUUGUUGUCACAAGAAGACACUCAAUUUUUUAUUUUUUUGCCAAACCUUCAUAUGGCCUUUUUAUUUGAUGUGUAUUAUUUGGACAACAGGUUUCUCGUGACUGGAUUUGUUGAUAUUUUUAAGAUUAACAAUUAAUUGCAUGGUCUGGAGAUGUGCUCUUAAUAGCAGAGAUCAGCAAUCCACAAGCAUGUUUCUAAUUUUUGGGGGUUAUGUCUGAACUUGGCACCUUAUGUUUAGAUAAUUGAAUUUGCUAAAGUAAAUAGCAAAGCUUUCUGCUUGCUUCGAAUAUUAGUUUGUAUUUUCUGAGAACUGAUCAAAUCUUUAUUUCUUGGAGAAAUUGUUCUUUGUGAUGCUUGAUUAAUUAAAGAAAUAGUUCACCCAAAAAUGAAAAUUCUCACCAUUUACCCUCAUACCAUCCCAAGUGUGACAUAUUUUCUUCUGCAGAACACAAAGAUUUUUUAGAAAAACAUUUCAGCUCUGUAUGUCCAUACAAUGCAAGUGAAUGGUAAGAACUUCUAAGCUCUAAAAAGCACAUAAAUGCAGCAUAAAAGUAAUCCAUACUAUUCCAGUUGAUAAAUAUAUUCCUUCAAAAGCAAAGGGAUUGGUCUGGGUGAGAAACAAGUGUAUACAUAUAUAUUGUCCUGCCUUUAUAUCCUUUCUGGAGCUAAGUUCUGAUCACAAUUCACUUGCAUUGUAUGGACCUACAGAGCUGAAAUAUUCUUCAAAAAUCUUAAUUUAUGCUCUGCAGAAGAAAGAACGUCAUACACAUCUAGGAUGGCAUGAGGGUGAGUAAAUGAUUGGAGAAUUUUCAUUUUUUGGGUGAACUAUAUCUUUUACCCCAUCUGUCUUUUACCAUGGACCUUGCUGGCUCCUCCACUUUAACUCAACAGGCCCAAAGCAUAGAGUGAACCAUUGAGAUUUUUAUUUACAGUAGAUUUGUCCUUUUUGUUGGAAUGUUGCUUUUGAAGUAUCCCAUUUCUUUUCUUGAACUCCCGUUUAGGAGAACUAAAUGCUUUGCUUCUAAAACUUGCUUUGUCUAAGUUUCAGUACUUACUUUCUUAAACUGGCAGUGCUGAUUUCUUGUUUGCCCUGAAUUAUUUUGCCUUUUGUUUUUAUUUUCAGCUGACAUUUACUUGUUUCUUUGCAUUCAUUGUGCUGACUUUUGUUUUAAUAAAACAUGUGCUUAAACUGGAUUAAGA